GCAGUGACAGCGCACGCGCGUCUCGCGACCUCUCAGUUACAAGUGCACACACAAAAGUGAACAUGGUGAAGUUUGAAGGAGAUUUCAGUAUAAAUUCGAUACUGAUGAACCACGCGGCCAACAAACCUCCGCCCUCGCCGGCGCCCUCCUCCACGGAGGCCUCGCACUCCGAGCCCGACCUCAGCGACUCGGAGCUCGACGUCACGGGCACCGAGCCCGUCGACUGCUCCAAGCCCAAGGAGGACGACGACAAAAAGGACAAGAAACACGAAAAGCCGGCCUACAGCUACAACGCGCUCAUCAUGAUGGCGAUCCGCAACAGCCCCGAGAAGCGGCUCACGCUUAACGGCAUCUACGAGUACAUCAUGACCAACUUCCCGUACUACAGGGAGAACAGGCAGGGCUGGCAGAACUCCAUCCGCCACAAUCUCAGUUUGAACAAGUGCUUCGUGAAAGUUCCGCGCCACUACGACGACCCCGGCAAGGGCAACUACUGGAUGCUGGACGCCUCGGCCGAAGAUGUGUUCAUCGGCGGUACUACCGGCAAGCUGCGGCGGCGUUCCGCUCUGAACGGCCGGUCCCGGCUCGCGUGCUUCAAGCGGCCGCUGUUCCCGGGAGCUCCUCUUCCCGGCGCGUAUCCGCCGACCACCUACUCGCAACUGGUCGGGCUCUACUCGCAGCUGCUCUACCAGAGAUACGCUCCGAUGCAAAUGAAGACUCCUCCCGUGGCCCCGAGUGCGAUGCACCCAGCGUUCCGCGGCGGCGAAUCGAUGCCGUACGGUUUGCCUUACUCGCCGGCGUUGUACGGCGCCGAACGAAUGCCGUCGGGGCCGUUCCUCAACCAGCCGCUUCUGCAGAGCUCGCUGCAGGCGCCGGCGGUGCUGGCGCAGACGUCGCCGCUGCUGGCGCCGUCGCCGCCCAUGCUGGCGCACUCGCCGCCCACGUCGGGCGCGUCCAGCCCCGAGCUGCCGUCGCCCUCGCACCACCCGCUCACGCCGCACAUCUACAAGCCGGUGCCCGUGCUCUCCCGGCAGUGACUCUGACGCGCAGUGCCGCCGAUAUCUGUGAUAGUACCAAUUAGUGCAAGGACCAGUGGCCCGAGGUCGGUAAUCUCAAGUGUAAAGCACGUACUGCAAUAUUAGCACCUUGUUGUACCUCACCUAGCAUUCCGCUAUUGUACAAUGUAUUCUAUAUGUAAAUAAUAAUUAUUCCAAAGUUUAUAGGUAUUUAUUGAACUAGCUAUUAGAUAGGAUUAAGAUAAGAGAGUUAUGAUGAAAUAAAACAAAUUAUUGUUUCCCUUUAAAA